AUUGAAACCUUCUCACUGUCAAGAAAAUAAUUCAAGAUGACAAUAAUAGAAAUAAUAAAGCUCAUUAGAGUUCUCCUGAUUUGCUUUCUGGCUCGCUUCAGCACUGCCCAAUAUUCAGUGAGUGUGGAGAGACCAUGUCCAAUGGAAACAGUCACUUUCACCUGCACUGCUCCUGGAGAUUCCUUGAGAUGGGUACUAUCAGAUGCAACUCCCGUCACUAUCCUCUCUUCUCCCUCUGGUCUCAAUGUACCCCAUGCUGUGUCAGGUUACACUGUGACACUGAUUGCAUUCAAUGACACUACUUUAACGUCUACUCUGUCAAGAGCAGCAGAGAAUGGGAUCACUGUGUCCUGUUUAGGUACUGUGCCUACUCUGACCACUAUAGGAUCUUCAAUGAUUCGACUGGUUGGUGAGUUGCAGUUAUUGUCUCGUCUAUUGUGUGUAUACACUAGUUACAUAGAUCUAUCAGGACCAACGUCCACCAUCAGACACUUCAUUCUGAGCAAUUCAGCCAAUGAAGUUAGUGUAUCUGUACAGUGGGACUCUCCUACUGAAACUGGUGGUAGAGAUGACCUCACCUACACAGUAUCCAUCUCACCUCCGGCCCACCUAUCUGCUACUGUCCUCACAUCCACCUCUGUCACUGUAACUGCGCAAUAUAAUGUGGACUACACUAUCAGUGUUGUGGCUACCAACUGUGCUGGGAACAGUACGACCGCUGAGUACAGUUUUAGGAUUGGCAACUGUCCUGUGUUGACCAACCCCAUGAAUGGAGCCUUCGGACCUGUCUCAGGCAGAUUGCCAGGAUCCACAGUAACCAUCCAGUGUGACGCUGGAUAUGUGUCUGCUGUUACGAUGGUGAAAUGUGAGGGUACACUGAUGUGGAGUCCAGACCCUGAGGCUAUUGAGUGUACAUCACUAAUUAUAACCACACCUACUCCCACAACUCCUGUUCUGCACAAUUGCGCCAGCCUAUCUGAUGGGAGUCGAUUUGAUGCAGCUGUCUCCAUCAGUGUGGUUGUCACGGCAGUUCUAUUCACAAUUAUUGGAUUGUUGAUGGGACUCUUGAUAAUGUAUUUGUUCAUGCGUAAGAAGAAUGUGUACUCCCCGUCAGCUAAAGAGCAAGCUAACGUAGGACCCACUGUACCAGCUGGUCCCGUUUAUGAGGAGGUGUCACCCAAAGAGGAGAUUGAACUGAACACUAACCAGGCGUAUGGACCAGUAGGACUGUGA